UCCUUCAUCCGCAAAUGGCUCGGCCUACCACAAUGCUUUUCGGCUGCUGGUCUGUAUGGAUGUAAUGCACUUCAGUUACCCUUAAAAUCCAUUACCUUGGGCUAUAGGCAGGAGAAGGCAAGGCUGGUGAUGGAAUUAAGGGACUCCACCGACAGGACAGUGGCUGAUGCAAAUGCCAGAGUUGAGACUGGAAGGAAAUGGAGGGCGAAGGAGGAGGUGCAGAAGGUGAUUGGAAGAUUACAACAUCAGCAAAUUGUGGGCAUGGUCCAGACAGGGCAGGCAGGCCUUGGAUGGAGCGAGCCACCAAUUCUAUGGUCCAAGGCAAGUAGGAAGGAGAGGAAGGACCUAGUGGUAGUAGAGGUCACCAGGAUUGAGCAGGAGGAGCUCAGAGUAAGGUCUGUGACACAGGGGCAGCAGGGGCGAUGGACAACGUGGGAGGGCAUCGCGAGCCUCAUCAGGGCAACAUACGACACCCUCCCGUGCCCAAAAAACCUCCAUCAAUGGCUUGGAACAGAACAAUCCUGCGAUCUCUGUGGGACUAUCAACGCCUCACUCCAGCAUGUUCUAUCAGGCUGUAAAACAGCGCUGAUACAAGGUCGGCUUAGAUGGCGGCACAACCAAGUGCUCAGGAAGUUGGCAGAGGUGCUGGAGAAAUGUUGGCAGGAGGCAAACCAGCAAAGUCCAACACAGAGCCGAUCCAGGAUCCACUUCCUCAGGCAGGGUGAAUCCGCAAGGCAUACCAGCGGAGUGGAAGAUGGAAGUAGAUCUGGGAAGGCAUCUCCAUUUCCCACAGGAGAUAUGCAGCACCAAAUUAAGACCAGAUGUGGUGCUGUGGUCUGUAGCUGUAAAGUCAGUGAUACUGAUCGAGCUGACAGUGCCAUGGGAGGAGGGACUGGAAGCUGCAUAUGAGAGAAAGAAGGCAAAGUACACAGACUUGGUCGCGGAGUGUAGAGAAAGCGGAUGGAGUGUGAGGUUGUAC